CCAAAAACAGUGUGUAUAGUCUCUCAUGCAGAAGAACACUCUGUUCCCAUGAUAUCAAAGAGAGAUGAUUGGCACAAUUUGGAGAAUCCAUCACCUUUUCCCAGCAACUUGGAAGGAUCUGUUGAAAGAGUGAAUGCUGUGUUCAUUAUAUAAGCCCGGUAGGCAUCAAAGGGUAAAGGAAAACUGUCCACUUUGAUGGAAGCAGCUUCUCUCUUCCUCUCUUCAACAUCUGCAAACGUGCAAAUUAUGCAACCGCUCCAAGCUCCCAAUGGACACGACCAACUCACUGCUAGUCCUGUCAAUCAUUAGCCGGCACCGGGUGUCCGUUGGAGGGUGGAGCCCUCUGGCAAUCAAAUAUAAAAAGGUGAGAGAAAGUGUCCACGGGCUUCUCUUCUUCUUCUUCUAAAAUCCUGUUUGACAAGCGACGGCUGAGACAAGGCACUCACUCUGGGCAAACAUCUCUCUUUACGCAACUUCAUUGUUUGCAGCCCUGGAAGCAGCACUCCCAGCAUCUUCACAGAGACCCCUCCUCAGUCCUCUCCUCCUCCUCCAACUGUUCACAUCUAAGACUGGUGCCUUCAGCAAGGUGUGCAUUUGGGGGCCCUGAUAAGGAUUGGUUUCCCAUUCCCCUCAUUAUUGGGAUUAUUGUUCCCUCCUUCCACGCCUUUGCCACCUGCCAUCUAGAUCUGUCACCAUGGUCCUCUGCCACUCCGAAGCUGACAAUUCACUGCUGAUCUACGCCGGUGCGACGCUGCUCUCCGGAGGGACGAUCCUUUACCGUGUCAAGAAAACCCGGGUGCAGAAAGCCAUUCCUUUUUUCUGCGGCAUCCUCCUUCUCCUGGCACUGGAAAUCCUGUGCUUUGCCACCCUGAGGAAUUACCUGGGCUUGAGCUUAUUCUCCCUCGUGUGCCUCGCCUUCUGUGUGUACACACCGACACAAGCCAUGCUACCUGUGGACCACAGAGCUGUCCUCAUCACAGGAAGCGACAGUGGCAUAGGGCACGAGCUGGCCAAGUUCCUGGAUCGCUUGGGGUUCUCUGUGUUUGCCACUGUCCUGGAUGAGAAAGGGCCCGGGGCUGAAGCCCUGAAGAAGACCUGCUCCGAAAGGCUGUCCAUCCUGCAAAUGGACAUCACCAACUCUGCACAAAUUCAAGAGGUGUAUCACAUGGUUCGAAGAAAGCUGCAGAAUAGAGAUCUCUGGGGCCUCAUCAACAAUGCAGGGAUCAUGGGCUACACGGCGGAUGGGGAAUUGCUCCCCAUGCGUUCGUACAAACAGUGCAUGGACGUCAACUUCUUUGGUCCUGUUGAGUUAUCAAAGACGUUCUUGCCCUUGCUCCGGAAAUCCAAAGGAAGGCUUAUUAACAUUUCGAGCAUGGCAGGAGGGAUCCCGAUGCCGCGACUUGCCGCCUACGGAUCCUCCAAAGCCGCCCUGUCCAUGUUUUCUGGGGUCAUGAGGCAAGAACUGUCAAGCUGGGGCAUUAAAGUGUCUGUCGUUCACCCGUCAGGCUUCAGGACAUGUAUCCAGGGCAACCCGGAGAUCUGGAAAAAGGAGGAGCAGAGCCUUUUUGAGAGCCUGACUCCUGAGGUGAGGAAGGACUACGGCGAUGACUACAUCUGUUCGAUGAAGACCUUGCUCAUGUACAUGCCUUCUUUCUCCGCCUCUGAUUUCUCACCCAUCCUGCAUGACAUCUUGCACGCAUUGCUGGCCAUGCGUCCCUACGGUCUGUACACGCCAGGGAAGAACGCCUACAAAUAUCUCCUCAUCUUUUGCUAUGCGCCUCUGUGGUUUUAUGACUUUUUCAUCGGCAAAUGCAUGAGCUUGCCCAGCAUGCCCAGCGCUCUCAGAGUCGCCAAGACUGACACCAAGAACUAGGAGCCAAACCCGGAGCGGAAGCCUUUCUCUAAACUUCAGUGGAUAAUCUAUUAGAAAGCCAUUUCUCCGUGACCUUUGUUUGCCAAGUUAAUCUGUCAAGUUGUGGCUGGUGGGGUUUCAGGAGGGGUUGUUAAUGCUCUGCUGCAAAAACUCAUUGGUUGGUGUGGAACAAAGAGGAAGUGUUUCGCUUUACGACAAGUAUUUGCUUAUAUUCGUGCCUUGUGUAUUUUAAUUUUCUUUCAUUUUUUUUAUAUCUUCUACUAUCUUUUUGGGUUUAGUAUUUUUUUUCCCUGAGCUUAUUGGUAUUUGAUGAGCACUUGCUGAAAUGCCAAUAAAUGGCUUCU